UCCAUUGAUUUUUAGAAUCCCAUUAUGAAGGCGCUACUGGUUGUCGCCUUUCUGGCCGGCUGUGCCUGGGCUGAACCAGGACACCACGGAGGAUGGUAUGAGCCCCACCUCACUCUUGUUGUGAAGAAGGUCCACAAGCCCUACCCCGUACCGCACCACGUGCCCGUCCCAGUGCCAGUCCCGGUGCACAAGUCAUACCCAGUCUACAAGAGAGUGCCAGUCCCCAAGCCAGUCCCAGUCCCACACGUCGUCCACCAGUACUACCCUGUCCCUAAGGUGAUCCAUGUGCCCAAGCCUUACCCAGUGCCCCACAAGGUUACCAUCCACAAGCCAUACCCAGUACCAUACCCAGUCAAGGUACCCAAGCCCUACGUCGUGCACGUGCCCAAGCCCUACAUUGUGCACAAGCCCUUCCCAGUCCCAGUCACCGUCCACAUUCCUAAGCACUACCCAGUCCACAUCCACAAGAGCGUCCCAGUUCCCUUCACCAAGCACAUCCCAGUAGAGGUCCCGGUUGUGAAGGAGUACCCUGUAAUCAUCAAGAAGCCCGUACCUGUCCUCCUGGAAUCCAAGGGAUGGCACUAA